AUGGCAAAAUGGAAUGAUGAAAAAAAAUUACAAUAUAUUUCGACACAAGCAUCCAUAUUGAUUAAAACAUGGUCAUCAUUUACUGAAGCUGUUAUAAAAGCGUUUGGAUCAACAAAAGUACAAGAAUUAACAUUCGAACAAUUAAAAUGGUACAAACAAACAGUUAAUCAACCUGUUACGCAAUAUUAUGAUAAAAUUAUAGAACUGUGCAAAAAAGUUGAUCCAGCUAUGCUUGAUUCAUUGAAAUUAAAAUAUAUAAUGGCUGGUAUGAGAGAAUCAUUAAAAUUACAUGUUGCUUUACAGGAUCCAAAGACAACUGAUGUAUUUUUAUCGUUCGCCAGAAAAAUUGAAGAUAUAUUAUCAUUUACUACUACAGAUAAUGAAAUGCAACAAAAUGAAAUUAACAUCAAUGCUACCACUACUCAAAAAUCAUUAGAACAAACAACUAUUUCACAAAAAUCACAAAAAAAAAAUAUUCAACAAAAUAUACCUCCAUAA